AUGAACACCGUCGGCUUCACGUGGCAGGCAGCGCCCGCCGCCACCGAGAUGGAGGUCCUCGCGCUCGACUGGCUCGCGCAGCUCCUGCGCCUGCCGCCCAGCUUCAUGAACCACACCGGCGCUGCUGGGCGCGGCACCGGUGGCGGCGUCAUCCUGGGAACCACCAGCGAGGCCAUGCUCGUCACCCUCGUCGCCGCGCGUGACGCUGCCCUCAGCCGGAGUGGCUCCCAGGGCGUGUCCGGCCUGCCGCGCUUGGCCGUGUACGCCGCCGACCAGACGCACUCCACCUUCUUCAAGGCGUGCCGCCUCGCCGGCUUCGACCCGGCCAACAUCCGGUCCAUCCCCACCGGCCCGGAGACGGACUACGCCCUCGACCCGGCGAGGCUGCUCGAGGUCAUGCAGGCCGACGUCGACGCCGGCCUCGUGCCGACCUACGUCUGCGCCACGGUCGGCACCACGUCGUCCAACGCCGUCGAUCCGGUGGGAGCCAUUGCCGACGUCGCCGCCGUGUUCAAUGCGUGGGUGCACAUUGACGCCGCCUACGCCGGGAGCGCGUGCAUCUGCCCGGAGUUCCGGCACCACCUCGACGGCGUGGAGCGCGUCGACUCCAUCAGCAUGAGCCCGCACAAGUGGUUGCUCACCUGCCUGGACUGCACGUGCCUUUGGGUGCGCGACACGCACCGCCUCACCGACUCGCUGGAGACCAACCCGGAGUACCUCAAGAACGACGCCAGCGAGUCCGGCAACGUCACCGACCUCAAGGACAUGCAGGUCGGCGUCGGCCGCCGUUUCCGGGGGCUGAAGCUCUGGAUGGUCAUGCGCACCUACGGCUCCGCCAAGCUCCAGGAGCACAUCCGGAGCGAUGUCGCCAUGGCCAAGAUGUUCGAGGAUGCCGUGCGCGACGACGACCGGUUCGAAGUCGUGGUUCCCAGGAACUUCGCGCUCGUGUGCUUCAGGAUCAAGCCUCAUGGCGGCUGCAUGACGGAGGAGGACGCCGACGAGGCCAACCGUGAGCUCAUGGAGCGCCUCAACAGGACCGGGAAGGCGUACUUGGCACACACGGUGGUCGGCGACAGGUUUGUGCUGCGGUUCGCCGUGGGUUCGUCGCUGCAGGAGGAGAGGCACGUCCGGAGCGCGUGGGAGCUCAUCAACAAGACCACCACUGAGAUCAUGCAGGAACAGAUCGUUGUGGAGUAG